AUGUAGGGCGGAAUGCUCGUGUACUCCUGUUCGGUUUUUUGCGAUCGUGUCGAUGCAGAGAUCAGGAAGUGGAUGGUUUGAGACGCUGCUAAAUAGCCACCCUAACAUCAGCUCGAACGGCGAAAUAUUUAAUAGAAUGGAUAGAAGAGAAAAUAUAUCGUCUAUCGUACAAGCACUCGACAAACUGUAUAACUUGGACUGGUCCACGAGUGCGGCAAAAAAUGAGUGCACGGCUGCGUUUGGGUUCAAGUGGAUGCUGAAUCAGGGGUUUAUGGACUAUCAUGAUGAUAUACUUAGUUAUUUGAACAAGAAGGGUGUCUCUCUGAUAUUUCUAUUCAGGAGAAACACAUUGCGCAGACUUAUCUCUGUAUUGGCCAACAACUAUGACAGAGAUGCAAAGCAACUGAAUGGAACCCACAAAUCUCAUGUUCACUCGGAAGAAGAGGCUGAGAUACUAGCGAAAUUCAAACCAGAACUGGACGUGUCAACUCUGAUUUCAAACAUCAGGGAUGUUGAGAAGUACAUGGGAGAUUGCUUGGACUACUUCAACACGACACGGCGCAUGAUCCUCUACUACGAGGACAUAAUCAGCAACAGAAAUGCAUUACUCCAGGUGCAAAAGUUCCUCGGUGUUCCAGUGAGGAAACUGGUCAGCAGGCAAGUGAAGAUUCAUACACGUCCGCUUCCAGACCUUAUCUGGAACUGGGAGGAUGUGAACAGCAAACUCAACGGGACAGAGUAUGCGCGCUUUCUGGACGGCGCAGAUUACCUGAAGUGAUGCAUUCUUAGUUCUGAUGCAAGUUCAGGAUCACUGGCAAGGAGGCUGUAAUUUCAAGAGGAUUGAUUCUU